AAAGACUUUUGUCAAAAAAAAUCCAAACAAUCUCAUUCAUAAGUAUUUGCAGAAUGAGGACAACAUUCCAUGCAUAUUAGUUGUAGGACAAAAGUAACGUAAACCAGAUUUUCCGGUUUUAGAAACUGUAGGGAAGGAGCUACAUUUUUAAUAAGCCACUACCUGUCUAUUUUUAAUGUCUCUUACGCAUGCAAAUUAAGAGGAAGGAGAAGUUGUUUGUUUAUGUCCUGUGAGCCUCCUCCUUAUAGCUGCAACACCAUAAGUCAGUUGGUCUCAAGUCAUUUUUUGCUUAAUGAGCUUAGCCAUUUCUCUCCCUGGUAAAAAGUUCACUCUUAGAUCUAGAUGGAUUCAAUAACAGCAAAUAAAUUUUUGGCUCCUGAUAAUCAAUUAAAGUAAUUUGCCAUUGCAUCCAUUUAUUCCUUUUCAUUUUAAAUGUGGUGGGUUGGCCCUGGCUAACAGGCAAGAGCUUACACAGCUGCUCACUCCCUUCCUUCCUUCCCCAGGGAUAUGGGGAAAAAUCAGAAGGAAUGCGAGUGAGAAAACUGGUGGUAAAAUAAAGAGAGGAAAAUCCACAUCGUAGGCAAAACCACUUGGGGAAUACAAGUUAAUUUAUUGAUAGGUAGCAUAAAUAUUUAAUUGGUUGGAGUAUUGGGAAACAAAACAAAACAAAAAAAGGACAAACAUUUAAUCUUACAGGAAAAACAGUUUUCCUCCCACUCUCCCAGGUUCAGCUUUAGAUUCCUCUCUUUCACUUUCCUGGUCUCCACACCAUCACUCCAGACACCUGCUGCUGUGUUACUGCUGUAGGUUGUACACAGUCCCUUCAGGGAGGCACUGGGUGGCACACAAAGCUGUAGUCAGUGCUUGGCUGUUUCCCUGUGCUACUUCUUGUUGCUCCACAGACCACAGUGCCUUUGGGCAUGUUCCUGAUCCAGUGUGGGACACUUCCUACUGCUUUGGCUGUUUUGUUCUUUUCUCUUCUUCCUCCUCUCCCACUGCUCCUCACAGCCUUCUCUCUCUGUUCCUCCCUCCCCCACCAGUAUUUUUGCCCUUUUUUAGGUAUGUUUCCCUAAGGGCUCACCUGUGGUCUGCAGUGGGUCCAUCACAGAGCUAGCUGGAACUGUGUUCAGUGCAGAGCAACUCCUGGUCUGUACUCACAGAGGCAUCCCCUGGAACCUCAAAGCAACUCCACUGUCAAAACAACAUACCUCUUCUUCUACCUCUUACGUGACAGGACAAAUAUGUGCAUCACUGCUCCACGAUUAGAAUGAAUGAAUUUCCCAUGGUGUGAUGGGCAUCAGGAGAAUGUCUAAGAUACUUCUACAUUUGAGUGGUGUUAUGACCAUAAUGUUCAUUGUCUGUGUGACUUACUGAACAGUGUCAAUGAACAGUAACAGACUUUUUCUUACAAUGUAUCAGGAACUGAAGUUUUUUUUUGUUUCUGUGACAAGGACCUCAUGAAGGAAUGUAACACAAUCUAGUGAUCGCUGGUGAAUCACAGACUGUUGUGGUUGCCUUGUGUGUGCUGCUCAUAGGAAAAUAGGCAGGAGGUACAUGGGCUGAGCUUAGUCUGUUGGCUGGUCACCCCUGACAAAAGCUUCUUUAAAUAUCAUCCAUCUUGAAUAAAUUCUGUUCUCUUAGAACUAUGUCAAAAUAAAGUUUAUUUUACCAAUCAGGUUUGUGACUGUAACCUAAACACCUGUUGGCUAUAGCUGAUUUCAAUUAGAGAAUUACCAAUAUUCCUAUAAAAUAGUCAUUGCUGUUGGAUUAAUCACUCUUAUCUCCUUCGUUUUAGAGUAAUGAAAGAAUAAAAUAUUUAAAAUGGAAUAUUCAUCAUAUUGCUAUACAGUCUGGAAAGGAAAAAUACUUAAAUGAAUCCAUUGGAGGAAAAAUUCACUACUAAUAGUCAUGAGGAGUUGUCUCCAAUUCUUGGAUUUCUAGUAGAAAUUACUACUCACAGAAUAAGAAAUUAUUACACCAAUAAGGAAGAAGAUGGGGCUCCUUUUACUUCUAAUAAUUUGCCAGUGUGCCAUAAACAGUAUCAAACCACACAGUGUUUCAAAGCCCAAUAUAAUUUUAUUGAUGGCUGAUGAUCUUGGUAUUGGAGACCUGGGAUGUUACGGGAACAGAACCUUAAGAACCCCUAAUAUUGACAGGCUAGCAGAGGAAGGAGUGACACUUACUCAGCAUCUAGCAGCAUCCCCACUUUGUACUCCAAGCAGGGCAGCUUUCCUGACAGGGAGAUAUCCUAUAAGAUCAGGAAUGGCUGCCUUCUCACGAGUUGGUGUCUUCUUAUUUUCUGCUUCUUCUGGUGGACUUCCUUCUGAGGAAAUAACUUUUUCCAAACUCCUGAAGCAGAGAGGUUAUGCAACAGCUCUAAUAGGAAAGUGGCAUCUUGGGAUGAACUGUGAAAGCAGUAAUGACUUCUGUCACCACCCCCUCAGUCAUGGAUUUGAUUACUUUUAUGGCCUUCCCGUGACCAAUUUGAGAGAUUGCAAACCUGGCCAAGGCAGCGUAUUUUUAAAGGGGGUUCAGAAACACCUUGUCAUCCCAAUCCAAAUCACUGGAAUUGCCAUUGUGUCUUUGGCAAUAGUGCAGUAUAUUGGCCUUCUCAAAGUACCCUUCCAAGCAUUGGGUUACUUCUUGUUAAUAAUCACAAUUUCACUUGUGAUUUUGAUUUUUUUCUUCUAUCAUUUUCGACACCUAAACUGCUUUUUAAUGAGGGACCAUCAGAUUAUCCAGCAGCCACUGUCCUAUGAGAACCUUACUAAGAGGCUGACAAAAGAAGCCGUGCAGUUUAUUGGAAGGAACACUGGUACACCAUUUCUUCUUGUCCUCUCUUAUCUUCAUGUCCAUACUGCUCUAUAUGCUUCAGAAAGUUUCAAAGGAAAAAGCAAGCAUGGUUUAUAUGGUGAUGCAGUGGAGGAAAUGGACUGGAGUGUAGGGCAAGUUCUGAAUGUACUGGAGAAGCACAAUCUGAGUGACAAAACUCUUGUAUACUUUACAUCUGACCAAGGUGCUCAUGUUGAAGAAAUCUCCAGUGCUGGAGAAGUCCAUGGAGGAUACAAUGGUAUAUAUAAAGGUGGAAAAUCAACAAACUGGGAAGGAGGUAUUCGUGUGCCAGGUCUUCUCCGCUGGCCUGGAGUGGUGCAGGCUGGUGCCCAUAUUGAUGAACCAACGAGUAACAUGGAUAUAUUUCCUACCAUAGUUAAACUUGCAAAUGCACAGUUACCCUCUGACAGGAUUAUUGAUGGACAUGAUCUGCUACCUUUACUUCAAGGAAAAGUUACUCGAUCUAAGCAUGAAUUUCUUUUCCAUUACUGCAAUGCAUAUUUAAAUGCAGUGCGCUGGCAUCCAGGAAACAGUGAAUCUGUCUGGAAAGUGUUCUUCUUCACUCCAAACUUCAGUCCUGAGGAUUCCAAUGGUUGCUAUGAUUCUCACGUUUGCUUCUGCCAUGGAGGAUUCAUUACACGACAUGAUCCUCCACUGCUCUUCGAUCUGUCCAGAGACCCUGAAGAGAAAGUCCCACUGACUCCAGAAACUGAGAGCCGUUUCUACGAAAUCCUCAGGAUUGUGCAGCAAGCAGUAGACAACCACACCAGAUCCCUGCAUGCUGUUCCUAACCAGCUGUCAUGGGACAACCUUCUAUGGAAACCAUGGCUCCAGCUCUGCUGCUCAUCUCUCUUUCAGUCUUGUUAUUGUGACUAUGAGUCAGGAGGGAGUCCAUUGCAGCUGCAUUCGGGAUAAACAAGCUGCAAUUCCCUUUCAGAAACUGGAGCUGCAGAGUGAGGGUGUCUGACUUGAACCUGUGGUUUUGUUGCGUUGGAGGAGGACCAGUCUUUAAAUACAUAUUGCAGUAGAAGAGAAUUUCAAUCAAGAAAACCUGACAAGAGUGGGAAGGCAAGACACACCUCCUCUGUCUUUAUCACACAGCAUGAAGGACAUGUUGCCAUCCUCAUCUAUACAUGGGUAGACUUGAAGGCAUUUUCUAUGGGAGAGUUUACUAAACCUUCAGCUUGAGCUUUUUUCUUACACAGCAAAGAAUUUACCUAUUGGUUCUGUCAAUCACAACUACUGAAUCAUAACUACUAAAUGCAAACUUUCCUGUCCUUUUUACUAAGUGUUAUCCAUUAGUAGGACAUAGCACUGAGUAAUUGAAAACAGAGAGAUAAUAGUGGAGAGUGACAGUUAUUUGUUAACUGAUGGAUAGGUUAAGAGGAGACUUGCAGCAGAUCUCUAUCAACAGCCUUGACACAUACGAAAAAACUGACAGAUUGCCAGCAGUCUAACUUUGAAUGUGCCAUAAAAAUGCACAGAGCUAUGGUAGUGGAAGACCUUGUGUCCAUAUUAAAAUGAUGCUCCCCAGCAUCCCUGCUGUCCUGUCCUAUUGCAUGACAGCAACCUUUGUUUCAAAAGGACACCAAGUGCACCAGCUGUGUGCUUGAGUGUCUACUAUAUAUAUAUAUAUAUAUAUAUAUAUGCACAAGCUGAAUUUGUAAUCCAUAAAUCCUUCGGUCCCCAAUAAGGGACAUAAAGGAUCAUAAGGGAUCAUAAGGCACACCCUUAUGAUCAUAUUCCAGUUGUCUUCCUUUAAAUAUCUUUGCCAUCUUUUAAGCUCUUUGAAUAGGAUCUAUCAUUUUCUGAAAAUAAGCUUGGGCUUGAGUACUUAAAGCCAAAUAUAACUGUUCUUAGCAAGGUCUAGGGAAAUCUACUGUCCUCGAGGGCUAAUUUUUGUAUCCAUUUUUAUCUCUUUCUUAUUCAGACACAUUUUCUUUCCACUCUACAGACAGAGAAACUAUUUUCUUUGGCAUAUUGCAGGCGAAAAGAAGAUAUCAGCAAAAUACUAAAAUGAUUUGAUGCCUGAUAAUAGAAGGUGACUUGCUCCUUAUCAGAAAGCAGCGGCUAAUUCCCACAUUACAAUGCAUUAAAACCUGUUUGGGGCAAAAGUGAUCUGUGAUGAUAGUAAUGCAGUAGCUUCAGUCAGCCAGCAUUAAGGUUGUGACCCUGUUCUUGUGAGCUAUUGAAGCCUUUCCUUUAAAAAUAUAUUGUGAUAAAUGGUGCAUUCCUCUGUCUGCAAAACCUAGGCUUUAUUUGAUUUUUCUGUUGCAGUUUCAUUCAGAAUUUCAUUCUCCAUAAUACCCAGGAGCCUGUCACAGGAAAUGUAUUUUUUCUUUGAAGUCCUAUUUUUUAUGUUUCACCUUGUGUUCAUGAUCUUAAUUAUGACCUCAGCAAACUCUCUAUAGGAGGCAAAGCCCCAUGACCAAUAUUUAUCACUCAAUGUACUACAUAACCUUAGGAAGAAAAAUGCCUCUCAUUUGAAUACAAACAUUAUUCCAUGAGAGUGGCUGCCUUUCAAUGUCAUAGCAAGAUCCAUACAUCCCAAAUUUUUGAUCCUCACCAUGUGGCCCUAGAACCCCUUGGGGCAUGGCACUGGUGCCAGCAUGUCCCUCCCUGCAGCCAAAGGGCAGCCCCAGCUGUGGCCAGAGUGCCAGAGCACCACAGUGGGGAGGGAUGCUCUUUCCAACUCUCACAGCUCUGCCACAGCUUACACAAAAGCUUUUCAAACAAGUACUCCUGAAGAAAAAGGGAAAAAUAUGUGGUAUGUCCAGUGUAUGGUGCUAACUCAGAAAAUGGGUUUGGUGUCAUUAGAUCUACGUUGUUUCCAUAGUUUCUGGACCAUGACCUUUAUGGAGAUCUCAAUUAAUAUUCUCAAGGACACCCACACUGACUUUUUUUUAAUCAGGAAGAUGCUGUGUUGCUAUUAUUUCUUUUUCUUUCUUUCUGCAGGUGCAAGAAUUCUUUGUUCUUCUAGAAACAACUGUUAUUCUGUGCUGCUUGAACAAAGUAUCAAAAAUGAUGACUUUUCUACUGCUCUGAUUUCUUCUUGACUGAAUAUGAUGUUUCUUUCAUACCCCCCUUGGCUUUUGAUGCCAUCUUUCUAAUCUUUCUUAAAACAUCUACACCCCUGAAAUAUUUUCCACCUAUUUCUUUGCCACUAAAUCAUUCUGUUUUCUUGUCAUGUUGAGUGUAAUGGCUAUUUUGCCCGAAUCAAUCAGCAAAUGAAAAGUAGUCUUUGUAAUAAAAUUUGACUUGUAGCACUCGUUAAUUCUGCUAACCUCCUGCUUAUUUAAGGUCCAAUGAGGAUUAACUUUGCAUUAUGAAAUAUAAGUAAUUAAACAUACCUGAGAUUCCCCAAAUAAUAUAAAAUAUAUAUAUUUUGUGGAACAAACUUCAUAUUUUCCAAAAUAAAAUUUAGUACAACAUUUAAUACUUUGACAUAAGCUGUAAAAUCUGAAAUGCAUUCUUACAGUUGUUCGUUCAAGAAAGAUUCUGUAAAGAACAGGGCAGUAUUUUUCAUACUCUAUGUUAAUACCAUUUAAUUUAAUACCUAAAAUAAACAUUCCCUGUAUUUCAAAUGUAUUAUACCUUUCAGUUCUAUACCUUCUGCAAAUGCAUUAUACCUUUCAGUACUAUACCUUCUGUUCUGGAGAUGGCAUGUCAGAUCAAGGUAAUUUAAGUAGUUGUGUUUGUCUGCAAAAUAAAAUGUGAAGGACAAUAUAAAAUUUGUGUAAUGCCACUGUCUGAUCUAACAAGGAAAAGUUUUUUUUUCAACAACAGGUUAUUGAUGGGAUAUAAGUGAUUCACAGCUUAGUAACAAGGAAGGCUCAAGGAGAAUGUGCUGCUCUGAUACUUGGAAACUGACUUUCAAUCUAUGAUUUAAUGAGCACUGCUCUUGUAACAUGGUGCCUGUUUGUAGGAUAUGUCAGUUUAAACUGGGAGUUCAGUUUCAGUAGUGUAUUCCUCUACAGUAUUAUUUAACAGUAUCAUAUCCUAGUUGUUGACAGAGUCCUUGUACAGUCCAGACCAAGUCAUUUAACUAAUUUCUUGGUUCCUCUGCUGCACUCAGAAAAGGAUUUCUCUAACUGCUGAGAGUACUGAAAGAACAGUAAAUGCAUAAAGUGGUAAACUGGUAAAGGAACUUUCUAGUACCUUCUCUAUAGAUACAAUUUAAAAGCUGGAAAACUAGGAUGUAGAAGAUCACCCUGUAUGAGGAAGUAUGUGAUACCCUUGAAGUUUGCAGGUGGGUUCUGUGUGUAGUUUAGUGCAUGUGGGAUUGUAGAGGAUAGAGAAUAGACCUGUCCUGACUCGCCUCCAAUUUUGGUCAGAAAAAUCAAAAUUAAAAAAAAAAAGCAACGAGAACCCCAAAAAAGACAGGGGUUUUGAGAGAGGUGCCAGCUCAUUUAAAUCCAACUGAAAGCUUGCAGAGAACUAAGAGAUUCUGGUAUGUAUACUUCACAGAUAGUGAAAAUCAUCAUUUGCCAGCAAUCAUUUAUUUCACAUUGUAGUAAUGUGAGAUCUGGGUGUUCAGAUAUGUGGACAAUGUAAAAAAAAAUCACUUAAGAUUUCACUUGAUAUAGGAAAAAAUGGAAAAAGAAGGAAAAAUAGUGCAAGCAUAGCUAUAAAAAGCAUAUGUUCUACUAAAGUAUGUUUAUUAAAAUUGUUUUAAUUUAUGUUUUUGACCUCCAUUACUUCAAUAGUUUUUACUUACAUUAGAACACAAUAUUUCUGUGCUUAAGAUAGAUCUUUCUAUCUUUGUCAUUUCCCUUUCCUCUGGCAUUGCCUGUGCAGCAUCCAAAAUACGCAGUAAGGAGCAAGAGGCAUCCACCCUGCCCAUACACACUACAAGUUGUGUGGCCAGACACGUGGGCAGGAGGAAAGGCUUAAGCAAAACUCUGCAGUGGCAGCCACCAGGAAGCAAACAGCAUCUGUGGGUUAUCUCCAAUCUGAAGACAGAGAUGUGGAAACUGACCCUGGGAUUAGCUCAGUUUGUUAAGUUGGUUAGAGAGCAGUACUAAUAACACCAGGGUUUGGGAUUCAAUCCCCUAGGGGCCAUUCACUUAAGAGUUGGACUUGAUAAUCCUUCUGGGUCCCUUCUAACUAAGAAUAUUCUGUGAUUCCAUGAAAUUGUUGGUUCCUCUAGGUCUGUCAGGGACUGCAGGGGACCAGGAGGAAUGAGGUUGCCUCUGUGGCCAGCUGGACUGUCAUGUGCUCUACAACAGGGUCCCUCUGUGUCAAGAUGUCAGGUGAAAAUUAAUUGGGAACCCACACGAUGCAGGACCCCUUGCCUCUGACUAAUUAUACCAAGCAGAGUGCUCCUGAAUCAUCAUACAUGAGGUGUCAGAUCUUAGUCUGACACACUAAGGCAGCAACAGUCUCACACUUUUUUCAUUGGGCGACCAGAAGACCUGACCCAGGCUCUAGGGACUCCCAGUUUACAGACUGCUAAAACUGAAAGUAAUUCAGGGAGUCCUGAAAACACCCUGGAAGAUCAUAUGGCUUUUCCAUGCUCUUCUUGGUAGCUUUCAUUUACAUCAAAGCUAAUAAAAAUCUGCCUGAAACUCCACAUGUAGAGCAAACAAAGGAUAUUUCAAAUUUUUCUUAAUAAUUUCUUCUUACUGUUUAAUAACUUUAACCCCACAAUACCUUUAACCUGUGAGUUUGGUACUGAGAACAAAGAGAUUGUGCUGGCACAAGGCGCAGCAACUGAAGGUUUCUUAUACAUAUGGAAGAUACUGAAUUCCAGACUCUCACUGGAGUUUGUGCUAUACUGGUUAGUGAGAUGAAGACUGGCUUAAUUAUCUGUGCAUUUCUAAUUGCACUGUCAAGGGUAUGAAACAUUUCUGAGCUUGGGAGAUGUGAAGUAUAGGCCUUGUGGUGCUUAUACAACAUCUCCUCUAUGCCUAAAAAAUAUUCCUUUAAUAUAAAUUGCGGUAGGUUCCUUGUGUAGAUUAAUGUUAGUCUUACCUGUUAGAAAAUGGUGUUGCAGGUACUUCCCUUGGAAAAUAAAGCUAUAUUUGAAAAUAACAAGUUCGGCAUGUGGGGUCAACUCAGUUAUAAAAACCCUCCAACACUUUUUAUUCUACCAUUAUCCAAUAAUAAAGCCUUUUUA